AUGUCAGGCGCGCCCUUGGCGGCACAGAAGGCACAGCUGUCGCUCCAAUACAGACCACCUAGCGGAUUGCAGCAACCUCCACAAGCUUCCUUCUUCCUGGAAGCACUGCUUCUCAAUGCCCAUCGUAAUCAAGAUCCAACCACAUCCCCUCCGCCCAUUCCAGCUAGCUAG